UUAACAGAUCGUGAAUCUGACCACGGCUUAUUGGUUACUAAUAUCAACCAGACCCACGAUCUUCUGAAAGUGAAGAAUACAGCCAUGGUCUGUUCCGGAUUGAAUGUCACCGAUAACUGGAUGCAGAGCUACAGCGUAAAAAACCUGCAUCUCACAAUGGAAGAUCUAAUGCAGAAAGGCUCUGUCGGGCUGGAUGCAAACAACGCAGAGCAGGUGGAGUUCCCCGCUGAGGCCGUCGUCGAUUUUGAAAUGCAACUGCACGCAGCAAUCGAUCUUUAUGACAAACGGAUCCAGUGGCUGUUGCAUGGCACCAGAAAGCUAUUUGGUAUUCUACAAGGAAGUAGACUUGGAGUUCUGAUUGACACAUCCGAUAUCACUUGUGGACCAAGACUCCUCGAUUUUCAAAAAGACCUUCUGCAUUUAGUCGAUGAGCAGUUAUGCCACAUGAAACGUCUGUACUUCCUUUCCUUCGGUACCACGGUCUCAUCUCUUUGGAAGGAAUCCAGACACGUCAAUGUGGAUGCUUUGGAUGCAGCAAGGCUGUGGCUGAAGGGGUUAAAACCCAGCGGAGGCUGCAACCUGUUGAAAGCUCUGAAGAAGGUUCUGGAGCUGAAAGACUUGGAUAGCCUGGUCAUUAUUGCAGGGAGCUGCCCAGAUCAGUCCUCUGAAAUAUUGUCUGAUUAUAUCCAGCAACGUACGCUGGGGAGAGAAUUGCUGAUCCAAACGGUUGCCUACGAGUGUAGCAGUCAAGUGCCUCCAGCUGUCUUGAAAAGCAUCGCCGAAGCCGUUGGCGGCCAUCAUCACAGCUGUUCUACAAAAAACGAGAGUUACGACAACAAAGAUCUGGACACGACCCUUUGUGAGCGCGAGAGAGCCGAGGACAUGCUGGCUGUCAUAAACAAAAUCUAUCAGAGAAGGGUGGGCCGUGCAUGUUUCAGUUUAAUCCCAGAGAGCUCCGCAGACACAGUGCCACUGGCCAGCUCACUACCAAAGCCACCGAACCACGAAGGGCCUCUCGUGAUACGAAUCCCGGAUUUCCUGGUCAAAACGUCAGCAGAGUGGUUAAAAACCAACGGAUUAAAAGGAAAGAAGCUAGGCCUAUACCAGGUUUUGGCGCCAAACGCCUUUUCCCCCGUGGAAGAAUUUGUCCCUAUUCUUCAGAAAACGGUGUCAUCAACUGUGCAUGAAAAAGUAAUGAAGCAGCUUGAAUGGCAUGACGGGACUGUGAAAAAUGUCCACGUGGAUCCACCGAUAUUGUACGACUACCAGAAGCAGCUGACCAGGCUGGUGAGAAGGUAUGAGAGACGCAUCGAGUGGCUCUCCGCUGGCAGCAGGAGGAUGUGGGGAACAGUUUGCGAAAGGAGGGUCGUCCUACUUAUUGAUGUCUCCGUAGCCAAUUCCCUGUACAUCAUCCAUAUCCAACAUGCCCUGCGACUUGUGCUGGAAGACCAGAUGUCCAGCAAGGACUGCUUCAAUAUCAUAGCUUUUGGAAAAGACGUCAAGCCCUGGCAACCGGAAAUGGUCCCUCCACACUCGGACAACUUAGAGCAUGCCUGGAGGUGGGUGUUGGCCCUGCAGUGCGAAGGCACCCGGAACGUCAUGAGCGCUUUUCGAAGAGCAAUGGAGGUGGACUUCAGAGAUAAAGACAAACAGGAAUCCCAAGGGAUAUACCUUCUGACUACUGGCAUCCCUGAUCAAGAGACGCACGCCAUUAGCUCUUACAUGGUGGAAGUCUGUGGAGGGUGCGAUUUGCAGCUUCACGUCUCUCUGUUCAGCCCCGACGACUCUCCCUAUGACGACGAUAUUCCACCGCGCUACACCAGCCCAGAAGAAACGGCCCUUGCUUUCAAGACCAUUGUGCAGGCUGCUGGAGGCCGCUUUCACUGGUUUGGAGAAACAGGCAUUUACGAAAGCGAUGACAUCAACUGCAUCUUGUCCGAAAUGGAGAACGCAGUCGACUAUUCCCAUAAGUGUGCCCUACUUGUGGAAUCCUUAAAGCAACGGUCAGGAAAUCAAGGGGCUGAUCAGUUGAUUCCUGAGGAAGACCUAACUGUGUCGGAGAAGGAGGAGAAAAGUAGACCGCAGAAGUUACCGUUUCCAAAACCGACCGCCCUCACUCUCGCCAGAAGGAUCAUGAGAGAGGAACGAGAUGGGAACAGAAACCGUGCCACGAAAGCGUUAACGUGGCGCCCGCCGAGCGCCAAAGCAGAAAUCCCUCCAGCACAGCCAAUAAAGGAGUUCUUGCAGAUCGGCAGGAGAAAGAAAUACAGGUCGAAGAAAAGUCCGGAGAUUUCUCUUUCGUUGUUUUAUACUGGCAAAGGGAAGAAAGUAGGUGCUGUUUACAAAAAAUAUUCCAAGUCCACGUGUGUGAGGGAGUCGAUUCCUCACGUCGUUUUGCCCCAGGAAGAGGAAAGGUGCUCGAGCAAAGAGUGGCUCAACAAAUUCAGCCUCAAGAAACUGAAGUUAGACCUACCCAGGAUCAUUUUCGGGCCCGGGUGCUUGCAUCAGAGGCAAACGGUGGAGUCUCUGCACAAGAAAGUGUCUGCGAAAUACUGCGACAUUUUCCCCAGCGUUGAAAUGAACGGCAACGUAAAGCACUUGCACGUUCAGCCUAAGGAUCUUGAAGAAUAUAUCGAACAAAUGGAGAGAGUCUUGCAGUGCUACGUCAAAAGAAUGCAGUGGCUUUUGUCAGGAAGCCGGCGAUUGUUCGGGGUGAUUUUGGAAGCCAACGUUUGCAUCCUGAUCGAUACUUCGGGGUCCAUGGAGCCAUCUUUGGAGCAGGUCACCCAAGAACUGACCUCCCUGAUCUGGGAACAGCUGAGGAAAAAUCAAACCAAAUUCAACUUGAUGAGCUUUGCGGAAGAUGUUCUGGCGUGGCAAGAGUGCCUGGUGGAGGCCACGGACGAAGCGUGCCACGAUGCCGUGCAGUGGGCCUCGACAUUUCGGGCACAUGGGAAUACAUCCAUCCUCAAGGCUUUGCAGAGAGCUGUCCGUCUUCAGGGCGUCGAGGCUCUGUAUGUUCUGACGGACGGGAAACCAGAUACCAGCUGCACUUUGAUUCUCCAGGAAAUUGAAACGCUGAGGAAGACACAGGCCAUCACCAUCCACACGAUUUCGUUUAACUGCUCCGACGGAGGAGCCAACAACUUUCUCAAGAGCCUGGCUGCCCAGACCGGCGGACGCUACCAUCGGUGCCUUGGGGACGUCGACGGACAGCUGGCAGCCCAUCGGAUGUUGACGGAAGGCUUCAGAGAUGAAGACGAACUCAGAGUGGAUUACACAUAGUACAAGCAACAAAACGGGACAUUCGGCAAGCAACGCAUUGGGGCUUUCAAAGUCUGGCACCGCC